UCGAUUGCAUAGCACAGAGCCGCAUUUGAGCUUAACUAGUAGCUAGAGUCUUGUUCUUACAGAAACAAGUAAGGCCGACGAUGAGCAUGUCGAGGGAUCCUCUGGUGGUCGGGAGCAUCGUCGGUGACAUAGUGGACUACUUCCCUGCGUCGGCGCUGCUCCGGGUGCUCUAUGGUGGCCGCGAGAUGACCUGCGGGUCCGAGCUGCGGCCGUCCCAGGUGGUGAUGGAGCCAACGGUGCUCAUCACCGGAGGCCGCGAUGGGAGGGCACUCUACACACUCGUGAUGGUGGACCCUGAUGCGCCUAGCCCAAGCAACCCUUCAGAACGGGAGUACCUUCAUUGGUUGGUGACAGACAUACCAGAAGGGGCUGGUGCCAAUCAUGGAAACGAGGUGGUGGCGUACGAGAGCCCGCGGCCGCCGGCGGGGAUCCACCGGUUCGUGUUCAUCGUAUUCCGGCAGGUAGUGCGGCAGGCGAUUUACGCGCCGGGAUGGCGCGCCAACUUCAACACCAGGGACUUCGCCGCGUGCUACAGCCUCGGCGCGCCCGUCGCCGCCGCAUACUUCAACUGCCAGAGGGAGGGCGGCUGCGGUGGCCGGAGGUACCGGUGAAGCAUGCAAGUAAGCCAGUGCAGUGAUCCAAGUGCGCCAAUCAGGCGCACCUUAGUCAAGCUAAUUGUGGGGGAAAAAAGAAUUUACGGGAGACAUUGC